GAUAUGGUGAUAUACUUAGACUGUGACGAAUUUCGUCUUCAAUCUCGCCUUCUCAAGCGUGGACAAACAAGCGGUCGUAUUGAUGACAACAUGCAAGCAAUCCAUAGAAGACUGGGCUUUUUUAAAGAGUACACAAAACCAAUUGUUGACUAUUUUGAGCAGAAAGGUCUUGUUAGAACGAUUGAUGGUGAUCGGGAUGCAGAUGUUGCAUUUUAUGAUAUAGCUACAAUCAUUGAUGCUGAAUUUUUCUCCCCCAAAACACCAGCUCCAGUGUCUACUAGUCCACCUAUGAGUAAAAGAGAUCCACUGCCUCCAAUCAGACCUGGAUCUAGAGGAGCUAGUGGAAUACAGGCCUUAGAAGAGGCUGUAUGGGAAGGAAAUGUGGCGGCUGUUGAGGCAUUACUCAAUGAAGGUAUAUCCAUCAACACUAAAGUAGAUUCCAAUGAAUACAAGAGUGAUAAGGUAGGUGAGAAGGGCCAGUGGACAUUGCUGAUGUUAGCAAUUGUGAACCAACAUGAAGAUCUGGCAGAGAUGCUGAUUAAUAAAGGCAUUGACUUAGUGCAUAAAUAUCAGGUCUUUGACUGGGUCUUACCAGACGUAGAUGGUGACCCUGUCAGGACACCUAUAUCUACCAUGACUGCUAAAGACUAUGCCUUAAAGAAUAACAUGGAGAGAAUAGCCAAGUUGAUUGAUGAGAAAAUCUGCAAAACUGAGGCAUUAGGUGAAGCUAGCGAUAUGAUGAACAUUGCAGAACCAGGUGAUGUAGUUUUGGAGGAGAAAGUUGUUGCUGAGAAAGAAAAAACAACAGGUGAUGAUGAAGAAGAGAAAGCUGAAACUGAGCAAACAAAAGAGGAUGCAGUAUCCACUGAAAAUAAUGAAGAGAAGAUGGUGGCAGAUGGUGAGAAGAGUGAGGAAAAGAUUGAAGAAAAACCUACACCACCAGAACUAACUGAAGAGGACUUGGCAAAGUUGAAAACUGCUAAAGUAAUUUUUGUGAUUGGGGGUCCUGGAAGUGGUAAAGGUACUCAAUGUGAGAAGAUGAUUGCCAAGUAUGGAUUCACACAUAUAUCAGUUGGUGAUCUACUUAGAGCUGAGGUCUUGUCUGGAACUGAUAGGGGAGCUCAGCUAACUGAAAUAAUGGAGAAAGGUGUACUUGUACCAACAUCUGUAGUAUUUGAACUAUUAAAAGAAGCUAUGUCAGCCAAGAUUGACACUGCAAAUGGAUUCAUUAUUGAUGGAUAUCCAAGAGAAGUCUGCCAAGGAGAAGAAUUUGAGAAAGAGAUUACAGAAUGCCAAUUUGCAUUAUACUUUGAUGUCACAGAUGAAACCAUGACAGAGAGACUAUUGAAACGAGCAGACACUAGUGGACGUUCUGAUGACAAUCCUGAAAUAAUUAAAAAACGAUUAGAAACGUACCAUAAACUAUCCGAACCUGUAUUGGCAUACUAUGAAGAGAAGGGUAAAGCCAAAAAGAUCCCGGCAAAUGGAAAUGCUGAUGACAUUUUUGCAGAAGUUGAAAAAGUACUUAAAGAGGCUGGGUACACUGCUGUAGAAGCAGCUAAAGAGGAACCAUCAGAAGAGAAACAAGAUGAAACAAAACCAGAGGAGGAAGUGAAGAUUGAUGAAGAAACAAAAAUAGAAGAUGAAACAAUGCCAGAGGAAGAGGCAAAAAUCAGUGAUGGAGAAAAGACAGAAAAGGAAAUGAAGGAAGAUGAUGAAGCAAAAGCAGAAGUAGAGGGCAAGAUAGAAGAAAAAGAAAUAGAGGAAGAAACAAAACCUGAGGAGAAAACAGAUGAGGCAGUUGCUGAGGAAAGCAAUGAUGUAAAAGAGGAGAAUGAAGAGAAAAGUCCAGCAGUAGUAGCAGAAGAAAGCAAAAAUGCAACAGAGGAGAAUAAGAAGGAGACAGAAAAGACAGAAGAAGAAGAAGAAGAAGAAAAAAAAGAUGAGGAAAAAGCAGAAGAGGUUAAUGAGGAAGGAGCCAGUGAAGAGAAGAAAGCUGUAGAUGAAGGAGAAGAGAAAAUAGAAGAAACUAAAUCUGAAGAGCCAAAAGAUGAAAAAACAGACGAUGUUCCAAAACCUAAGAUCCUCUUUGUCACAGGUGGAUCUGGUGCUGGUAAGGCUGAUCUAGCCAGUAAAAUUGCAGAAGAGUUCAGCGGUGUUCAUGUAUCAAUUGGUAAACUACUAAAGGAUGCAACAGAGGAAGAAUCAGAUGAAUCUAAAGAAAUUGAGACAUCAAUGAAGGAGGGAAAUCUUGUAUCUCUCAGUAUCAUCAUGAAUAUCAUCACCAAAUUUGUUGACAAGAAUUCAACUGCAAGUAGUAUAAUUAUUGAUGGAUUUCCCAGGACAGUGGAACAAGCAGUUGAAUAUUCAAAUAAGAUUGGUUUUCCAGAGUUAGUUUUAAUGAUCGAUGGUGAUGUGGAGGAACUGGAGAAGAAUGUGACAGAAAGAGCAGAGACAAGUGAAAGAGAAGACGACAAAGGGGAUGCUCUAAAAAAUAAACUCAAUGUGUACAAAGACAAUGCACCAUCAUUGAUAGAACAUUUAGAAAAUCAAGAGAAAGCCAAAAAGGUUUCUUUGAAGGAAAAGUCUGAAGAUGUUGUGACUAUGUUGAAGACAUUGAAUAUUUUCUCACAGUGAUCAAGCCCCAUUGCAGAGGCUCACAUUGCCAUUCUUGUAUAUAUCAAUGUAUUUUAGGGAGAGUAAAUCAUGAUGUUGAACACACCAAUUGAUUCUUAUUCAUACUUGGGGGCUUCAGGCUAAAUGUGUAAUAAGGCCAUGAUCAAAGGGUCAACUCACUUCAGUUGAACUUAGACAUGAAUCAUCUUGUACAUAAUUCAGGGUAUAUGCAACUCUUAUUUUAAUCUGGGAUUUGUAAAAAGUUUUAUAAAAUAAGUCAACAGUUGUAUUAGUGCAACCAUUGAUAAAUCAUAAAUGUAUUCUGUAGUUGUGCCAAAAACUUUUUAUAAUUAUUGAGCAAUUCUUUUCUAAUUCAAAAAUGUCCAGUAAUGCAAAAAGAGGAACUAUGGAGGGGAGUUUUGCAAUUUAUAGCAAUGCAAACCAUAGCUGGAUUUAUACAAGAUUAGUCAUGUUAUUAUGAUAUCUGUUUUUUUUAUCAGUUCAAUGUUUUCCAUUUUUAAAAGAAAUUUACAUAGUGCAUUGUAAAUAAUAUACUGCAUUUCAAUUAAUCAUGUGAGGCAUCACCAUGGUUACAUGUAUUUAGUUGAGCCCACAAUGACAGAUUUUGUUAUUAAAUGAUCUAAACUGGCAAUACUGCAAAAGUAUUUAUCCUAUCCAGCUAUUUAUCUAACCUGUUUCUCAUACAGAAAUUGUCUUUUUCUGUCAUAAUUGCAAUAAUGGGUCUUGUAAUUUGAAAGUGGUGGUGGUCAAAUUAUGUUUAAGACCAAUUUUAUUUCAAAUUGACUACAACUGUUUAUUUACAUGACAAUUAGCAGUUCUCCCCUAAAUAUUAUUGGUAACGUGCCAACUUGAAAUAUAUCGUCAUUGAUUGAAGGUGAAGAAACUUUUAAUUAAUUUUUAACUUUUUAGAAAUAAAAAAGCGUACAUAAAUGGUAUUACAAUUUGUACAUAGUAUAGAUAUUUUUGUACAUGCUGAGUACCUGUAAUUGUGUGAUGUAAAAAUUAUUAUAUACUAUACAGCAAAUAAAGGCAUGAUAACAUUUUAAA